AUGGAUUUGAGAAACUACUUUACGGUGAAGCCAAAGACGAAACCCGGCGCUGCUUCUGCGGAAGAGAGCUCCAAAGCGGCGCCUGAAAAGAAAAAAACACCCGCGCGAAGGAAGACCGUGAUUGCAGAGUCGGACGACGACGAUGAGGAUGUUGAAGUGAAGCAAGCUGUCGAGGAACUUGUGGACCCGAAGACCUUUUUCGCCUCUGCAAAGGCGAAAAAGAAUCAGACAGCAGCGCCUGGCGAGCUCACUCAAACCUCAACUACUGCGCAAUCAAAGUCGGCCAAGGGGAUAAAAGAGGAGAGCGAGAAGAAUGCGAAGAUAACAAAGGACGUAGCAAAGGACACAGCAAAGGAAACAGCAAAGGAAACAGCAAAGGAAACAGCAAAGGAAACAGCAAAGGAAACAGCAAAGGAAACAGUAAAGGAUACAGUAAAGGACACAGUAAAGGCGUCAACUUCAACCAAACGCACGAAAAAGGCGAAUGCGGACGACUUCUUCGAGAAUAACAGCGAUGCAGAGACCAUUCCUCUGCCACAGACAAGGUCAGCCCCAGCCAGAGCAAAGACGCCCGAAACCAAACUGACUUCUUUACCAAAGAAGACUGCUGCUUCCUCGAAAUCAUCGAAUGGAAGGAAGCGAAAGGGUGCUGAUGAUGAUGAUGAUGAUGAUGAUGAUGAUGGUGGCGCCUACAAGGAAGCAGAACAGGAAGUAAAGCCGAUCAAGAGGCACAAGGCUACAGCAAAGAAGGUUGAGGAUGAUGAUGCCAUGGAUGUUGAUGAAGUCAAGGAAGAGAAACCAAAGCCAAAGUUUAAUUAUUGGGCGCAUAAGAAUAAGGCCGGCCCCUCUGCUCUCGGUACUAAGGAGAUUCCAAAGGGCCAAGACAACUGUUUGGCAGGCUGGACGUUUGUUUUCACAGGAGAAUUGAGCUCGAUCACCCGAGAAGAUGCAAUGGAUCUAGUGAAGCGUUAUUCAGGAAGGGUCACCGGAUCUCCGAGUGGAAAGACAUCAUUUGUAAUCGUGGGUGGUGAUGCCGGACAAUCGAAGCUGGACAAGGUCAAGAAGUUGAAGAUUAAGACACUGGAUGAGGACGAGUUCUUUGAUUUGAUCCGCACUUCUCCUGCGAAGACCGAGGACGGCGAAGUUGUAAAGGCUAGCUCCAAGAGCACCAAGGCUCCUAAAACGAAAUCAGAGUCGACCGAGUCAUCAAAGGCGUCAUCUAAACCGUCGUCUGUGUCUUCCGUCACUGUCGCGUCAAAGGCCGAGUCGUCGGAUGAACUCAGACCUACUCAGUCAGAAUUGUGGACCACCAAGUACCGUCCGAUGCAGGUCAAAGACCUAUGCGGCAAUAAUGCUGCAAUUCAAAAGUUGCAGAGAUGGCUUGAAGGAUGGGACGCCAAUUACAAGCUCAACUUCAAGAAGGACAACGCUGACAAAUCUGGACUCUUCCGUGCUGUUCUCAUCUCUGGUCCGCCUGGAAUAGGAAAGACAUCCGCAGCUCACCUGGUGGGCAACAGUCUUGGAUACAACAUCGUGGAAUUCAAUGCUAGUGAUACCCGUAGCAAAAAAUCCCUCGAUGAGGACGUGCGCGAUUUAUUGGACAAUCAAUCGCUUGCUGGAUACUUUCACGGAGAGACCAAGGCGGAAGGCAAAGGAAAAGUAUCUGCUCUGGAUAUUGAGCCAUCUAUGGCGAAGAAGCAGCUGAUUGUCAUGGACGAGGUCGAUGGAAUGGCCGGAGGCGACCGUGGAGGUGUUGCACAGCUGAUUUCUUUUAUCAAAAGGACGCAUGUUCCAAUCAUCUGCAUCUGCAAUGAUCGCCAAUCUCCGAAAGUACGGUCCCUAGUGAACUCAUGCUUUGAUCUACGGUUCCAGCGGCCGCAGGUGAACCAGGUUAGAGCUCGUUUGAUGUCCAUUCUUCACAGAGAAGGCCGAACCAUCCCCGGAAAUGUGUUGGACAAACUGGUCUCUGGAUCACAAUCGGAUAUUCGACAAGUUCUCAAUAUGCUUUCAACAUGGAGCCUGACGAAGCAAACUAUGGACUAUGAUGAGGGUACUGCGCUUUCAAAGGCAUCUGAGAAAUAUGUCGCCCUCAACCCCUUCCAGAUUGCAGAGCAAUUGUUGGUGGAGACCAACUAUCGCGCGUUAAGCUUUGCGGACAAGUUUGAUACCUACUUCAACGAUUACCAGUUGGCGCCGUUGAUGAUUCAGGAGAAUUAUAUCCGCAUGGAACCAGCGGAGGCUAAGGGUGAUCGAUCUGGCCUGGAAGCGAUUGAGCUGAUCAGCAAAGCUGCGGAUUCCUUAUCUGAUGCUGAUUUGGUGGAUACCAUGAUUCACGGGAGUGCCCAGCAUUGGUCCCUUAUGCCUGUCCACGCCGCCUUUUCAUGCGUGCGUCCGUCGUUUUAUGUUCAUGGAAGCAUGAGGCCUGGCUCUGGAGGUGCCUUUGGACCCAUGAUGCAGUUCCCAAGCUACCUGGGACAGUACUCAAAAUCGUCAAAGUACAGCCGCUUGGUGAAGGAUAUUCAGAUCAGGAUGCGUCUCAAGAUUUCGGGCGAUAAGAACGAAGUCCGUCAGAGCUAUCUGCCGGCAUUGUUUCCUGCUCUCACCAAGCCUUUGGUUAAGGAUGGAGUCGAUGCAAUCCCAGAUUUGAUCAGCUUUAUGGACAGCUACUAUCUUAGCAAGGAGGAUUGGGAUACUGUGCUGGAGCUCGGCAUUGGACGCAACGACGGCAAGAAAGUAAUGGACAGCAUUCCUUCCGCAACUAAAUCUGCCUUCACGCGCAAGUACAACUCCGAGACUCACCCACAGCCGUUCCUUAAGGCUACAGUUGCAACCAAGGGACGUGGAUCAUCCAGUGCAGGCAUGAAUGAAGAGGUUCCGGAUAACCUCGACGUGGUUGAGGCUGACACACCUGCACCAGAGGAAGUUGAUGAAGCGGCGGAGGUAGCUGAGGAGGAGAGUAUCGAGAAAGACUCGAACAUUAAACAGAAGAAAAUGAAGGCUAAGGCUAGUUCCGCAAAGGCCAAGGCCAAGGGUAAAGCUCCUACUCGUUCAAAGUAA